AUGCCCAACAACACGAACAGACGCCCUAUCCAAGGGGCUCAUGUAGAUGGACAUGAAUCGUCCGAUACCAUUGAGACAUCCAGCAGUGUCACUGUUGGCCUGAUGGAGCGAGAGAUAAGGGACCAGAUCAUGGCCCUUGGGAGGAACACGACUACUGAAUUUGAAGAGCAGCUCUUCAUCGAACCCUACACUGCUAUAGAAGCGCAAGAGGAAGAAAUUGGAGGAGAAACCGAUUCGAAUACGGCUCCUGUAGAUGAAGUUCAGCGCCGUCACGGUUCGGUUAUCGACCUGACCUCUAUUCCCGCCCCUCUCGAAAAGGCUCUAGCGAAGAUCAGAUCGACAGGAAUGCCAGGGGGCAAAGUUCUCCGCUGGCCGGUGACUCUGGACCAAUGGCGAAACGACGACUUUGUCGCCGAUGCUGUUGAGGACCUGGAAUUCUUUUUGGAAGUUUUCAAGUUACGCCUCGAAACCCUUCGCAAGGGAGCAGUUAAGAAAGAUCCUAAGCUUCGAGCAGCUUUAUGGCGUGCCGAGAUAAACGCUCUGGAUUCUCCUCUUUUGAAGAGGCCUCGGCGUGAAUGA